AUGUCACUUCUUCGAGUCCUCGUCCUGUCCCAGGCCCUCGGCUUCGUCGUGGGGGAAUGCUCGGUAAACUCCAGCAACUGCCCUGGUAAGCUGACGAGAAACACGACGUCUGGCAUCUUCGCCCCUCACUUCCCGUCCUCGCACCCGGCGGUCGUCUCAUUUCCCAACAUACCGUACGCCCAAUGCCCGACUGGCAAGCUCAGAUUUGCACCGCCCGUGGCCAGAGCCCCACCAGCUGACGGACGUGUGGUCCACGCUACGGACCUUCCUCCCGGCUGCGUCCAGUCCUCACAGUUCGCGUCAGACACUGUGUACGAUGCCCAGAAAUCAUAUCUGCUGCAUGGCGGCAACUCGUCGCGCUCCGACAAGAGUGAGGACUGCCUGAGGCUGUCCAUCUUUGCGCCGAAAGCGACGGUCCACGGCGCCGUCCGGGGAGGGGGCCGUACCCCCUUGCCGCCGCUGCCAGUCAUUGUCUGGAUUCACGGCGGCGGCUUCCAGUCGGGCGGCAUCGAUGUGCCUUAUCAGCUGGCUUUCAACUGGGUGCAGCGCAGCCAGCGCCACCUGAUGGUCCAUGUGCAGUAUCGCCUGGGCCUGCUCGGGUUUCCCAACGCGGCUGGUCUGGCGGCGUCGGGUGAGAACGUCAACCUCGGUCUGCUCGAUCAGCGGCUGGCCAUGGAGUGGGUGCGCGCCAAUAUUGCGUCCUUUGGCGGUGAUGCUGAGCGAAUCACUCUCUGGGGCCAGAGCGCCGGCGCCUUCUCGACCGACGCCUACCUCUUUGCCUGGGCCGCCGACCCCAUCGUCGCAGGCGCAAUCGUCGGUUCAGGCAACGCCCUGGCCUUGGAGGCAUACACGGGCCCGUCCGCCAACCACACCCACUUCACGCGCGUUGCCGCCAGCCUCGGCUGCGCCGGUCUCGCCCCGGCGGCCGAGCUGACCUGCAUGCGCUCCGUGCCGUCGUCGAGGCUGCAGAACUACCUCGAGGCGCUCCGGGUCAACGGCCCCAUCCAAAUCAUCGCCGAUAACGUGACGGUAUUCUCCAACUACGCGGCGCGCAUCGCUGCUGGCGGCAGCCAGUUCCCCACCCGCUUGCCGUUGCUGCUCGGCACCACCACCGACGAGGGAAACGGCAUGGUGUCGUACAGCUUCAAUGGCAGCAAGACAGCCACCUCGCUCCCGCCGGCGCUCCAAUCCGAAUCGAAGGCCUUCACACUCCGCUUUGUCUGCGGGACGCUGCGUGAGGUGCGCCUCCGGUCAGAGGCCGGGGCGCCCACUUGGCAGUACCUGUACGCGGGCAACUUUACCGACAUCAGCCCUCGGCCUUGGUUGGGUGCCUACCAUUCGUCCGAGCUGCCCCUUGUUUUCGGCAACUUGGGCAUCGAGGGACCCGUGACGGGGCCGUUUGAGCGUCGCGCCAGCCGCUACAUGCAGGACCUGUUCCUAGCCUUUGCCGAGGACCCGACUGGUGGGUUGUCGAGGGCCGGGUGGCCCACGGCGUUGCAAGGGAGGAAGUCGUCCAUUAUGAAGUGGGCGGCCGAUGGCAAGGUUGGGCAGCUGGUAGACGCACAUGCCAUCAAGCUCGAGUGCACAAAGAACGGGUACAGCGUCUGA